AUGUCCCUGGACGAUAAAGCUGUUUUCCAGCAUCGCGAUCACGAACUCGGACUCUGUGACGGAUCCAAGCAUGUCGAUACAGCGGGCGCUGAGUACGUCGAGGGAACGGUGGAGGAGAAGAAGCUAGUUACUAAGAUUGACUACCACCUGAUUCCGAUUUUAUGGGCAAUGUACGUCUUCAAUUACCUUGACCGUACCAAUAUUGGAAACGCCAAAGUCGGUGGCAUGGAGACGGAUCUCGACCUGAGCUCUUCUGAUUACUCCCUCAUCGUGUCCAUCUUCUUCGUGGCAUACCUGCUUUUCGAGCCUCCUGCGGUCAUGGUCCUGGCCCGAACAAAACCAAGUAUCUUCCUGCCGACCAUCAUGAUAGCAUGGGGUGCUGUAUCUGUUGCAGUGAAAGGAAUCCAUGGCUUAGGUGGCAUGAUUGCCUUCCGGAUCGUUCUUGGUUUCCUAGAAGCAGGAUUCUUUCCUGGAGUCAUGCUUGUGCUAUCUUGCUGGUAUAAGGCAAGUCACUCCGCACCUUCUGAACUAUCGAAACGUAUUGCAAUAUUCUACACCGGCACGAUUUUAGCUGGUGCUUUCGGCGGCUUGCUUGCUGGCGGUAUCAUUGACGGUAUGGACAAUAUUGGAGGCGUGCGUGGUUGGAAAUGGCUGUUUAUCAUUGAAGGCCUUGGAACCGUGGUAGUUGGCGUUAUUGCAUACUUCCUGCUACCAGACUAUCCUACGAACACCAAAUGGCUUUCUGCAGACGAAAGGAGAUUGGCGACUACUCGCUUGGCGAUUCGAGAGGACCUCGACGAUAAGAUGCCCUUUAAGAAGGCUGUUAGUCUAUCGAUUAGGGAUCCGAAGAUGUGGCUUUUUAUGCUAUCCCUCAACACGAUUCUUGCUGCGGGUACAGUGUCGUACUUCUUUCCUACGCUAAUGGGAGCUUUGGGUUAUUCAGGCCGCAUGGUGCAAUUUAUGACUGUACCAAUCUACACGGUCACUCUGGUCUUUAACCUGGCCAUGGGGUUCUCAGCCGAUUUUACGGGAAAGAAAGCCUACCACGUCGUUGGUUGCUGCGUAUUCGCAAUCGUCUCAUUUAUUAUUUGCGCAGCUGCCACGCAGUUCCCUGUUCGCUACGCCUUUAUCUGCUUCGGCUUUGCUGGAGUGCAAUGCUGCGUACCUCUAUUAAUUAGCUGGGAAGUUACUAUGUUUCCAGGGCGAGAGCGGCGAGCAGUUUCAGUGCCUGUUAUUAAUGGCUUCGGCAAUCUGGCCUCAGUAUACGGUUCAUUUAUCUGGCCAUCCCAGGAUGCACCUCGGUAUAUUGUGGGCUUUGCGGUUAUGACCACAUUCAUGUUCGUUGCAGGAUCGAUUGCGCUACUUAUCAAGCUGGUGUGGGAUGACAAAGGGCUCGGGAGAAUUGAUUAUAAAGCCCAAGAACAAGAGAGCGAGUCUAAGUAA